AGAGAGAGAGAGAGAGAGAGAGAGAGAGGGGAAAGAGAGGGGGAAAGAGGGGGAAAGAGUAAAAGUGAGAGAGGGAUGCCUCUUAUAAAGCCAAGUCCUGUCUCCAAGGGGAGAAUUUGCGAGCAGUGAAUCCGGGCUUCGGGUCAGAAACAGGAGCCCGUUUCAGGCCCAGUUGUGUCCUGUGACAACAAAGCAGACAUGUGGACGAGAGGCUGAGGCUCCGGGCUCCUAACUCUUCUCUGUACCGGUCAGUUAGGUCGCAAACCCUCCUGCAAGAUGACGUCUGCCACACCUCCCUCCUCUCGUAGCUCCUCCCCUCAGAAGGUUUGCCACUCGCAGACACAGACGGACGUUUUGAAACCUUUGCUGGGCGGCGUUUCCGGAGCGAGCGGGACUCUGAGGAAGAGGAGGCGUGUUCUGUCGAAGGAUGGGCGCAGCAACGUGCGGAUCGAGCACAUCACCGGGCGGAAUGCUCUGUACAUGCGUGACCUCUGGACGACGUUCCUGGACAUGCAGUGGCGCUACAAGUUCUUCGUGUUCACGGCGACCUUUGCAGGGACCUGGUUCCUGUUCGGGGUGCUGUGGUACCUGGUGGCACUGGUGCAUGGAGACCUGCUGGAGUUCGACCCUCCGUCGAACCACACACCCUGCGUGAUGCAGAUGCAGACCCUGACGGGAGCCUUCCUCUUCUCCCUGGAGUCCCAGACAACCAUUGGCUACGGCUUCCGCUGCAUCACUGAAGAAUGCCCAGCGGCCGUCAUCCUCCUCAUUAUCCAGCUGGUCCUCACCAUGCUGAUGGAGAUCUUCAUCACUGGAACCUUUCUGGCCAAGGUUGCUCGACCCAAAAAGCGAGGAGAGACGGUAAAGUUUAGCCAACAUGCUGUGGUGUCCACGCAUGAAGGUCGACCCUGCCUGAUGAUCCGAGUGGCCAACAUGCGCAAGAGCCUUCUGCUUGGGUGUCAGGUGAGUGGAAAACUGCUCCAGACGUCUCUGACCAAGGAGGGCGAGACGGUUCGUCUGGACCAGAGGAACGUCCCCUUCCAGGUGGACACAUCCAGUGACAGCCCCUUCCUCAUCCUGCCCCUCACCUUCUACCACAUCAUCGAUGACAACAGCCCCCUGCGGGCCUGGGCAGCCAAGGGUGGGGGCUGGACAGAUCCAGAACUGGCUGACUUUGAGCUGCUGGUGAUCAUGAGCGCCACGGUGGAGCCGACCUCCGCCACCUGCCAGGUCCGCACCUCCUACCUGCCCGACGAGAUCCUCUGGGGCUAUGAGUUCCCCCCCGUAGUCUCCCUGUCCCCAUCAGGUAAAUACGUAGCGGACUUUGCCUUCUUCGACAAAGUGGCCAAGACCAAGACCACGCCCAUCUUCAAACCAUCCAGCCCCCAGCACGAGUACCAGAGCAACGGGGGCGGGACUGUGCCCGACUUGUCCGAUCCAGAGAAGAUCCGUCUGGAGCAGAGCUACAGGGAGCGAGGGGAGGAGCGUGGCCGGGUCAGAGACACUCCUCUCAGUGUUCGCAUCAGCAAUGUGUGAACAGUCGACCGGAUGAGAAGGGAGAGACUGCGAGAAACUGCCAAGUUCAGUGUCAACAGCAAAUCACUGAAACAUCAUAUCAAAGCAGCUUUGGACUCUGGCUUCUUUAGACGUUUUGGAACUUGUAUCAGAGAGAGAUUUGGUUGCUCAGUAGCACCAAAACAUGCAGGAGGCUAGAGUGAACUGUCGACCACUGUAUGGUUUGUCAUACAUCUGCUGGGAUAAUACAACACUGUGUUGACUGUAUUCAUGUGAGGGCAUAACCCACUACCUAACAGCCACUACUACAUAUACUGAAUACACUGUUAAAGACGUAAUAGGUUGGAUUAUUUAUUAAAACAAAACAGGAAGUGUGCAAAACCUCCACUUACGCUAAUGCCCUAUGUUUAACUAUGUUAAAGAAAGAGAAGAACAUUUCUGGACCUGGCUGUUUACUCUGGAGACCCAGCAGCCAAGCAAAUACUUAUAAAUACUUAAAUACUUAUAAAUAUCAGUCCCCCACACAUGCCUGAUUUUUUCCCAGGAAUUAAUCUCGGGGAAAUCAACAAUAAUCACAAGGUAAAAAAUGCAUUCCUCGAUCGACUCCCUGAACUAGAGCUGCACCAAAAUUUAAUGGCUUCCGUCCUGUAGUCUUUGCAGGAUCUUAUUCAAGUACAAACAAACAGUCCAACAAAGGGACAGGGGUGGAAACAUAACCUCUUUGGCUGAGGUAAUAAAGCAAGACGAUACAAACGUGCAGAAUACAAACCUCCAACAUGGCCAACUCGCCAUGUUUAAGAAAUUCUGGAGCUGCUCCAAACUGCCCCACCUGGCCAAAAAUUUUUUGAAAAACGAGUAGAGUAGUUUUUUCCAGUGAUCCUGCUGGAAAACAAAACAGAAAAGUGCAGAGAAGAUGGAAAGGAUUGGUGAGUGUUUGGGUUUUUACCAAAUCACAAUGAGGAGACAUUGACUGUUUCUCUUCCAUUGUAUCAAGGGUAGGCAGGUGCGUCAGGGGGGUGGGUGUUAAAGUUUCUGUGAUAAAGUGAGCAGGAAACACCCACAGACACUUUGAAGAGUAAAAGCUCCAGCUAACACACACAAUACAAACACACCACUCUACACAAAACUAUAUUUAAAAAGGUCAAAUGAGCUCGAGCCUAGUUCUCUUCAUACAGUGAUAGAGAAAAGCCAGUAAUGGGGAAGGAAGCUACAUCUACAUCUCACCAACCCCCCCCCCAACCACAACUUCUUUUCAGUUUAUUUUUGUUUCCUGCUGAGAAGCAUCAGAAACCACUUCCAGAAAGCACUGGUGAUAUGUUAAUGUAGCAGGUUCAGAGUUUGAGGUCUACUGUUUAUCUCCUUGAGAAUUACUGCUGUUUCAAGACAGAACGUUAUAGCACUUUAUGAACAUUAUGUACAUUUGCACCUUAGGAGGGUUAGCUGCCUACGUGUGUUUGGAACCUAACCUUAGAAGAGAGAUGUUUUUAAUACUACUCACAUAUUAAAUGUUGAUUAUUUCCAACAGAUGCUUCUUUCCCUAAUUAGAACGGUUGUUUCUCCGUCUCAGUGGCUUCAAGCAAACUGACAAAUGUCUUUUAAUCUGUAGGCGACAUGCGUUGAUGUAAGUGCCCCUUUGGUAGUUUUACUGUAAAUGUUUCCGAAGCUCAUUCUCUGUACGUGUGGAAAAGAAGUUGGGAUUUUUUUUCUAACACCGUAAAAUUAACCGCAGAGGUUUUGUCGAAAUCCCCCUCUUUCAUUUUUCUUUCUAGACGACAGGGACGUGAAGAGGAUGACCAGGUGAGUGCGGAGGGAUGAGAAUGUGAAAGUGAAAUAUUGUAAGUCACUGAUAAUCUGGAACGGAAAUGAACAGUGACAGUGUGGUUUCGACAGAUGAAGUAAAGACGAGAUAUGAAUGUGUUGGAAUCUGUUUGUAACAUUUCUUGAAUUAACAUGGAGCUGUGGAGUGUUAUAGUGUUUAAAGUGCAGCUGGAGAGAUCGAAUGACACAGUUCUCUCUUUAAAACAAUUGAUGAAAUAAAGCUGAUGAUGACAUAUUUAAA